CUUGCCCUGCCUGGGGAUCAAAAUCGAAAAAGCAUGGAAUUGGAAUCGACCUGUGGAAUUAAGCGAAACCUCCUGGAAAGCAGCCAGGCUGUUGACCGGGAUUACCAAGCGGCUGUUCGGCAGGACAGGGGACACUUGCUGCCAUCGUCCCAUCAACCAGAUCAGGAUAGCAAAGCUGCAACCUUCACCUUAACCAACAUCGUGCCCCAGUUUCGGGCCCUCAAUCAGGGACAAUGGAGAGAAUAUGAAGAACAUAUAAAUACAACAGGAUGCCGUGAAACAUAUAUCCUUGUGGGUUCUGUACCUGGGAAUAAUAAGAUCAAUAACAGAGUGAAUGUACCCAGUCAUAUCUGGGCUGCAGGUUGUUGUGUGCUUCAAAAAGGCAAAAGAUCCUGGGCAGUCAUUGCUAAAAAUAACGAGAAUAAUGUAGUCUAUCUUACCUUGGGGGAGCUGCAAGGACAACUUGCUAAACACUACGGGAAGAAAACAAUUGAUCUUUUCAAUAAUGCUUGUUAACUGAGCUCCCAGAGCAAAUGAAAGCAAAGUACAAACCUAACAGCUUAGUUGUUCUACAUAUGGAAGGAAUGCAGUUAAUUUUAAUUCUGGUUUGAUCUUUCUUUUUCCUGCUAAAUGUUGUGAAAUUCCAGGCUGUUUGAUUAGAUUAUGCUUCAGAUUAUUUAGCAACAGCAGAAAAUAAAUGAAUCCAAUAAUCAGGUGAAGGGCAACGUACCGACGCAUCUAAAACAGGAUCUUGUUUAUUUGAGUUUAGAGGUUGGAUGGGCUUUAUGUGAUUUCAACCCAUGCAUAAUUUGUUAAAAAAAGAAACUGCAGCGGGAAGGAACAAUUUUCAAUCCAAUGGGCUGUGUGGGAGUGAAGACGCCCUAUAGGAAUCCAAUUUGAUUUUAUGCUAUAUAACGCUUAUAUUUGCUACAAGUAGUCCUCAAGUUAUG